AGAUUAUUCACAAUCUAAUAAUUUAUCAUUUAUAUUAUUUAUAUUUAGUGAAUAUAAGCCCUCCUGAAAGGUUUGAGGUCGCUCAAACGGCAAAAAAUGCGCGUGCUCUUUCGAGCUCAUUCCGGCUCGUAACCAGCGCGCUCUGCCGUCAAGUGCGAGGAUUGGUUAAUGAUAGUCAUGUGACUGAUGCAAGCUAGACCCUUUUAUUUAGCAAAACUGUGAUUAAUUGUUAAAUAUUAUUGUUGAGGGGCACAGGCAGGAAAAAGGGCACCUGGGGCACCCAUCAGGAAAGGGGCACGUGCUCAAGCCCCUUCCGCCCCCCACCCUCUGCACGUGCCUGGUCCGGUCCAUGAUGCUUUUUUGCAAAUGUACCGCUCCUCCUGUCACUGACAGUUGCAUUAGGCGCUUUUACACUAAUAUGCGAUCUUCCUUACUGAUGAUGUUACGCAUUAAAGAUUUACAGCUCCUACUCCGACUGUUUGAAGUCAGCACAUUUUGAGUUAAACAAGUUUGCAGCUUUUCAGAAGCUUGAGGCUUUGACACAAACUCAAAGUCACCAAUUUGUUUACAAUUCAGCCUUUUUUUUCUGUUGACACAGAAAAGUGCAGAAUCUGGCAACUUCCACAUGUACAUGAAAAUAUGACCGAUUUGCAUGUGGCCCCAGAAAUAACUGAUAUCCUACAAACAGAUAAACAUGUUUGUUUGUUUCUUAUUAUUUACUAUUAUGUAAUUUUAGCUUUACUUUAGGUACUUGAAAUAUAUUUCGAUUAUACAACUUUUGUACUAUAAGCUACCUGUGUAGUAGUAUAAUGCAAGUAUAAUGCAUCAUAUGUGCACGUCUAAAUUUUUUGUAACCUGGACUCUCUUUAAGAAAAACUCCCAAUCUCAGUAGCUGCUCAAAUAAUCUCCCCUGGAUGUCGUAGUCAGUGACUGAUCACAGGUGUGUCGACACCUUUCCAGAGUUCAUCUUCAUAAUAAGAUCUGUACCCUACAAGCGUGCAGUGGAUGGUGUCGGGCUAAAUAUAUCUGUGGGGGUGAUGCGCUUCUGUGGGCAGCUGUAAUUUCCCCCUGACGCCAUAAACCAGUGUUCCUGUGUUCCGUCACCGUGAGACUCGUGCCGGUCUCUGCCUUCCGCAGCAUGAAAACGCUAACAUUUGGGCUGACCCUUGUUCGACAUGGGGAAACUCAGUACAACAAAGAUGGUCUGCUGCAAGGCCAGGCUAUAGACGCACCUUUGUCUGAGGCUGGGCUGCAGCAGGCAGAAGCUGCAGGGCGAUACCUCGCCCAUGUCAAGUUCACCAACGUGUUUGUUAGCAACAUGCUGCGGGCAAAACAGACCACCGAAACAAUAAUGAAGCACAACAGCAGCUGUUCCGCUCUAGAAAUGGUGUGUGACCCUCUGCUUAUAGAAAAGAGCUUUGGGAUAGCUGAAGGGAGGCGGUUACAGGACGUCAAAGACAUGGCCGAGGCGGCUGGUCAGACGUUUCCAGGCUUCACACCUCCGGGAGGAGAGACGCAGGAGCAGGUGAAGAUGCGGUUCAAAGAGUUUCUGGAGAAAAUGCUUCAGCAAAUUGGGGCCGAACACUUCAGCGAGAGAGGGCAGGACGACUCGUCGUUACCUGCUCCGUCACAGGCGACUCCUACUGAGGGGAAGGCCGACGAUGGGGUCAAGGAUAUCCCCGUCCAUGCUUUGGUGGUCACCCAUGGGGCUUACAUGUGCGUGGUGGUGCGCUACUUUGUGGAGGAAUUGCACUGCCGCUUACCUCUGGGUUCUGAUCAAGCACACGUGUUCUCUCUCAGUCCGAACACGGGCCUUUGUCGGUUUAUAAUAACCGUGAGGAAACAAGACGACGAGUUCAUAUUAUCAGGGAUCCGCUGUGUUUUCAUCCACAGAGGGGACCACGUGAAACGCAGAUCGUGA